UGUGAAUAUGAAUUUUGUUCACUUUCACGUGUCUCCCGUAAAUUAAUGUAGUUUCUGUAGAUACACGGAAGCAGAAAGUGUUCGGCUUGACUUUGCCUCUUCUCAACUCCUCCCCGAUUGCAACCCUGCGACUAUAGCAGCCGAUCAGUGACACGCGUUUAAUGUCGAACGAACCCAAAGCGUUCGCUUUAACGGAUGUGCCUUCAACUCCUCCCCUGUCUGCAACCGGCUCUGCUUGCCGUUCAUGUCGAUCACACCUCACCAUACAGUGGAUUUCGGUCACAAGAUUAAAUGACCAACUUUCGCUUUGCUUGGAUAGUUUGCCCUUCACUAUAGUCGACUUUAAAAUGAAAUCUGGCGCUUUGAAAACGAGGUCUUCUUACCUUGGCGAACUUUUUUCGAACUCCAACUCUUCAUGAGAUUUAACUUCGGAUGACAAACAGUUUGAGGGCACCAAGGCGGACAAGAAGGACACAUUAUGGCAAUAUGUGGCAGACGGAGUCGGCCCAAGCUCAUUCUGUACAUUCUCGGGGCUUUUGUAGUGGGAUAUUUAGUGUUUCAUAGGAACACGCAGAGUGACGUAGGACUGGCGAGUCGAAGAGAAGUUCCAGUCGAGCAGCACAAAAAUGUGGACGAGGAAUUACUGAAGAAACCCGUUUACGAGAAGCCUCCUCUAGACAUGAAUGCUUUAGGAGAGAUGGGUAGAGCUGUUAAACUGGACCUGACUGAAGAAGAGAAGCGAGAGGAGGAGGAGAGCAUCAAAAAACAUCAGAUAAACACUUAUGUGAGCGAUAGGAUAUCACUACACCGCAGGCUGCCUGAGAGAUGGAACCCACUAUGUAGAAACCUGAAAUAUGACUACCUGAGCCUGCCCUCAACAUCAGUAGUGAUAGCCUUCUACAAUGAAGCCUGGUCCACACUACUGAGGACAGUGCACAGUGUCCUGGAGACCUCACCAGACCUGCUGCUGACUGAAGUCAUAUUGGUGGAUGACUACAGUGACCGAGAUCAUUUAAAGGAGCCUCUAGAGAACUACAUCGCCAAUCUCAAAAAGGUGCGUCUGAUCCGAGCGAGGAAGAGAGAGGGUUUGGUGCGAGCGCGGCUCCUGGGGGCCUCCAUUGCCACAGGAGAAGUGCUGACCUUCCUCGAUUGCCACUGUGAGUGCCAUGAAGGCUGGUUGGAGCCUUUACUCCAGAGAAUAAAGGACGAGCCUUCAGCUGUGGUGUGUCCAGUGAUUGAUGUUAUUGACUGGAACACCUUCCAGUACCUGGGCAACGCUGGAGAACCUCAGAUUGGAGGAUUUGAUUGGAGAUUGGUGUUCACGUGGCACACUAUCCCAGAAUAUGAACAGAAACGCAGAAGUUCUCCCACUGAUGUCAUCAGGUCUUUCUGGUAUAAUGGAUUGGCUGGGGGUUUGUUUGCAGUCAACAAGAAGUACUUCCAUUACCUGGGCACAUACGACACAGGAAUGGAGGUGUGGGGUGGAGAGAACCUGGAGUUCUCAUUCAGAAUCUGGCAGUGUGGAGGGAGUCUGGAAGUCCAUCCUUGCUCUCACGUGGGUCACGUCUUUCCGAAGAAAGCGCCAUACUCGAGAAGCAAGGCCUUGGCCAACAGCGUGCGGGCGGCAGAAGUCUGGAUGGACGAAUACAAAGAAGUGUAUUACCAUCGCAGCCCUCAUGCUCGUCUGGAGGCAUAUGGUGAUGUGACAGACAGACGGAAACUCCGAAUGCGUCUUGGCUGUAAAGAUUUUAAGUGGCUCUUGGAGAACAUCUACCCUGACAUUCAAGUCCCAGAGGACAGGCCUGGAAUGUUUGGCAUGCUGAAGAAUAAAGGAAUGGUCAACUACUGCUUUGACUACAACCCACCUGAUGAUCAUAAUAUGGCCGGUCACCGAGUCAUUCUUUACCCUUGUCACGGCAUGGGACAAAACCAGUUCUUUGAGUACUCCACACUCCAAGAGAUCCGUUAUAACACGAGGGACCCUGCAGGCUGCGUCGUGGCUGAUCCUGUCUCCACAUUCCUUACCAUGCAUCUCUGCAGUAAACCCAGGGAAGCUGUGCCUGAAGACCAGAAGUUCCUAUUCAGAGAGGAUGGCUCUCUCUACCAUGUUCAGACACAGAAGUGUGUUGAGGCAGUAGCCCGGACUGACAAUGGGAACCCUGGCCCCGCUCUCCGGCCCUGCUCCGACUCAGCCUCCCAGAAGUGGUUCUUUGAAGAGAGAACAUAGCAAAGGUUCUCUCUACACCCUUCACCUGCACAACAGUUCAAAGGGCAUUUCAUAUCGGCUGUUCUGACUUCACACCAGUUUACUGAGCAUUCCACUUCCUCCACUUAGGAUUGACAGUGCCUUUCUUUUACAUGACAUGCACAGUACAUACUCUGUUUGUUAAACUGAAGAAAAUAUAGUAUGUUUUAAUGAAUUGACAUAUUCGAUUUGAACAUUUUUGGAUAGUGUAUUAAAAUUCAUCACUUGUAA